GUAAAGAAAUUAAAAGCCUUUGAUGGAGAUGUGUCAAAACUGUCUCAAGCCGAUUCCUUCAUGUAUUUACUGAUCCAGGUGCCAAACUAUGCUCUUAGGAUUGAAGCCAUGGUGCUAGAGAGGGAGUUCUCACCCUCCUGUGCUUCUCUACAGGAUGACAUGAAAAUUAUAAGACGGGCAACAAAAGAGCUAAUGACUUGUGAGGAACUGCAUUCCAUAUUGCACUUGGUCCUUCAGGCUGGGAAUAUUAUGAAUGCGGGAGGUUAUGCUGGCAAUGCUGUUGGAUUUAAACUGUCAUCACUACUCAAGCUGGCCGACACAAAAGCAAACAAACCUGGGAUGAGUCUACUGCACUUUGUUGCUCUGGAAGCUCAAAAGAAAGAUGCUGCUCUUCUCAACUUCUCAGAAAAAAUUAGGGAUGUUCAUGAUGCCGCCAGGUUAUCCAUUGAUAAUGUAGAAGCAGAGCUCCACUCGCUGUCUUUCAAGGCAAGAUCCGUUAAAGACAGCAUUCGUCGAGACCCAAAACUCUUUCACCAGAUGGAAAGCUUUCUCCAGUUUGCUAUAAGACAUCUAAAGGAGCUUGAACACCAGAAACGAGAAUUACAGAAGGAGGGAAAUGCUCUCAUUGACUUCUUCUGUGAAGACAAAGAAACUAUGAAGUUGGAUGAAUGUUUCCAGAUAUUUAGGGACUUCUGCAUAAGAUUCAACAAGGCUGUUAAGGAAAAUAGGGAACGAGAGAUCCAGGAACUUCACAAUCUACAAAGGCGAAAGGAGCUGGAGGAGAAGCGUCGAUCCUGGGCAGCUGGAGAGCUUGGGAGCUUUGGGCGGAGCAGCAGUGAAAAUGAUGUGGAGAUGUUGGCCAAAAAAGGUCUCGAAGAGUUUCUUCCCUUCUUGCAGCAGAGACCUCAAAGCCCUUCAUACAGAAACCCCAAUUCUAGACGCUCCCGACUUUCCUUGGGGAUUACUGCAGACAGGGAAUUGCAGAGUUUCCUGGAAAUCUCAAAAGAUGAGGACCCAAACAAGUUUAACAGCCUUCCCCGUGCAAACACCCGACAAGCAAGACCAAAUGUAGCCUGGCCUGAAUCCAAAGACACGAGAGAUCUCAACUUAAAUACCUUGCACUUACAGCAACAGUCUGAAACCAAAGUGAGAAGCAGUGGCCUACUGCAGGUGCCUCCAGCUCAGCCCAGUCACUUCAGCAGCUCAACCGGCCCUGGUGCCCAUUACUCACAGAGAAGCGCCGACUACAACGUGCACGCCUCGAGUGUGUCCUCUGAGGAAUCCACAGAUAUAAACGCGCUGGCCCUCGCAAUUGAGGAGCGUGAGCUUGUUAAAGGGUUACAUAAGUUUGAUAUUCAAGGAGCAAAGCCUGCAGAGGAUACACCAUUAAUAUAUUUGGAGGAUACUGGUGGAGCUGACUUGGAGACUCUGGAUGAUCUAAGCUUUCAUUCCCUUAGCACUGCUGAUGAUGACCUGCCUCCGGCUUGCAGGAGUUCCAGAGAGCCCCACGACCACAAAGCCAGGGCUUGCAAGAGUGAAGUUUCAGAGCCCAGCAGCAGCAGCCCCAUGUCUAUGGAUACGAGUGUUUCGGGAAGUAGGGAAGAUGGGCCAAUGUUCUACGUCUCAGAUACAACAACUGAUUGUUCUUUGACAUUGGAUUCUGAAGAGGGAAAUGAUUUUAAGUCGGCAGGCAAUGAAGUAAGAAGUGACUCUGGCAAAGCACACUCUUCUGGGAGUGAUGCUCCAUACAGGGCUAGAACGUUCUUCUCAAACCUGAACUCUGCUUCUGCCAAGGAUCUGUCUCCUCACGCUUCGGCAAAUGAUAAGGAUGAUGCCAGUAGCAAGCACGCCCUUCCUAAAGAAAAGCCCGUAAAAAAUAAAGACCCAGCAGGACCAAAGAGAAACUCUCUAAAAGAUAGAUCUCCGAGCUCCUCAAAAUCCAGUGGCACUCGCCCCAGCCACACAGCUCCUUCCAGACCUGUCAGAACUUUGAACGCCUCCGAGAACGAAAGUAUGAGGAAAGUGGUGCCUAUUUCUCGGUCAAGCAGAGCACUGAGCAGCGUGAAAAAGCCGGAAGCCAAGCCGUUGCUUCGUGAAACUGGUACAGUGGAAAGUCGUCUGUCUCGGCGCAGCUCCGUCCGAGGCACGACAGACACCCUGCCAAGAAGUCCUUACAGGCACAGCGUGUCGGUGGAAGAGCCGAGGUUGCAAAGGGGCACUGUCACCUCGAGCAGCGCUCAUUUUGAGCGGGACAGGAUCUCUCUCAAGAAGCCGAGCUCUAAACCUGUUAGGAGUAAUGUCAAAUCAAAGACGGACGAAACAAAGAUGUGUCGCUCCAGUGUAAAACCACAGACCCCUACAGAUGACACCAAGGUUGCCACAGUCAGCGUUCCCAAAACGCCAUCCGCUGUCCCAAGCUUUGCGAGGAAUACAGUGGCUUCUUCUUCAAAGCGUGCAAAAGUCGAUCUAUCCAGCUCAUCCAAACCUCCAGCCAUCACAAGGUCUGUGUCCCAGAGGCUGCCAAAAGCGAAGCCAGCAGCCACCUCUGAUGAUCCGAGUCCAAAGGAGAACAGCGUGAGUACUUUAAAGAGAGCGAGUAGUGCCAGAGUGGUUGGAAGAAGCAUCCUGCAGGCAGAAGCUGUCAGCACUAAAGUAGACCCUGCGCCAAAGGAGCAGGAAACAGCGGAAAAGACCUCUCUUAAACUGAAAGAUGCAAACCGAACCACAAUUGGUAAAAUACUGAAGCCAUUACUGAAAUAA